AUGGGAAAGCAAUUAGAGGUCGAAUUCGGCCAGAUUACUGACGACAAUAUUGAGCAGCUGAGACAGGUGAACUUAGCUUGCUUUCCUGUGCAAUACCAAGAAACCUAUUACAAAAAUGUCGUCAAAGGAAAGAAUGAGGACCUUUGCAAGUUUGCUUACUGGAAUGGAUAUAUCGUUGGUGCUGCUUGUUCUAGGGUUGAAAACGUAGAAGGAUCCGACCGUAAACGCCUCUAUAUAAUGACACUUUGUGUCCUUGCCGCCUACAGGGGAAGGGGUAUUGGCACUCAACUCAUUCAAUCGAUUUUGGAUCAUUAUGAAGCAGAAAAAGACGCUGCACUUUCAAAAGUUGACGAAAUUGCGCUGCACGUACAAAUCUCCAACGAGGAUGCAAUGAACUUUUACAAAACAAAAUUUGGAUUUGAGAAAGGGGAAUUGGUAGAGAACUACUACCGAAGAAUUGAUCCUCCUCAUUGCUAUCUGUUGUACAAAAAGUUGCGGUAA